AUGGAUGACACUGACAAGCCUGAUCCCAUAUUGAAACAAGUGCCAUUGAUCAAGAACCCCUCGUUCCAGCCUCCGAAACCUGUAACUCUCAACAGCAACUACAGCAAACUAAUACCAACAUUACCGAAUACUGUUAUACCACCCAAGCUUAAAGUUGGUACAGACGACAUAAACCUGUGGUCAAGGGAUAUCCAAAUAUUGAUAUCAAAGUAUGACCCUAAAGAUGGAGAUGAUGGUGAUCGAGAAGAUGAGUUGAGAGCAAAAUAUCAGGAUUGGUUACAAGCACAAACAAAGAAGGUUGCGCCUGGAUUUGACUACAAUAUUAUGACGCCUCAAAAAACCAGAGAACCAAAAUAA